GAGCGUGUCUGCGUGUGUUGGAUUUCUUUGUCCACUUCUCGUUCCGAGUCGGAACCGCUCUUUGGACCCGUCCGGAGGAGGAGGAGGAGGAAGAGGAGUUCUCUGCGCGCAUGAGGCGCGCGGUCCGCGGACUGAAGGAGAGAAGCGCGCGGGGACGGGCACGCGCUCCGGCACUGAGGUUUCUACUUCCUGUGACAUCAUCACACCAUGCCUGAGGGGUCGCGGCGUGGCAGCCACAAAUUGCCGAGUAGCACAGCCUCCAAGCGUCCGUCCUCGGUCUCGUCUCUGAGUGGGAUUGUGGGUAGGAUGAUGUCAUCCGGCGAUCGAGGAGCGUCGUCGUCCUCCUGCACCUCGGUCAACACCGUUUGCUCGGACGGCGAGCGUCCCGCCUCCCUGUUGCUGUCCUCCUCUGCCUCUUCCGUCUCCCUGCAGGACGCCUCCCACUCCUCCUCUUCCUCCUCCUCGUCCUCCUCCUCCCUCCCUUAUGGCGCCGUACCGACCUACAACGUCUCCUCCUCAUCGUCGUCUUCCUCCACCCCGAAGAGGAACGGCUCCGACAUCAGCCUCGACCUCACUCCCCUCGUCACCCCUCAUGGAGCAGGAGCUCCUGGAGGAGGAGGUGGUGUUACCAUGGUGACAGGGGGGAGCCAAGCCCCCAACAGACAUGUAACCAACCCUGUGGCUGCGAUGGCGGCGCCCACGCCUCGGCCGCUGUCCAGGCUGGAGAGAGUGAUCCUGGAGAUCGUGGAGACGGAGCAGGCGUACGUCCGAGACCUGAAGAGCAUCGUGGAGGACUACCUGGGCUGCAUCAUCGACUGCGGCGCUCUGGGACUCAAACCGGAGCAGGUCAGCGCUCUGUUCUGCAACAUCGAGGACAUCUACGAGUUCAACAGUGACCUCCUGGAGGACCUGGAGAGGAGGCCCGACGCAGCCGCCAUCGCAGAGUGUUUCGUGGAGAGGAAUGAAUCCUUCGACAUCUACACGCUGUACUGCAUGAACUACCCAAACUCAGUGGCGGUACUGAAGGAAUGCAUGAAAAACGAAACCCUGGUCCGCUUCUUCCAGGAGCGGCAGACCACUCUCAAUCACUCUUUACCCCUGGAGACGUACCUGCUCAAGCCGGUCCAGAGAAUCCUCAAGUACCAUCUGCUCCUCCAGGAGCUCUCCAAGCACUUUGACAAGAACGACCCCGGCUACGAAGUGGUGGAGGACGCCAUCGUCACCAUGACAGCCGUGGCCUGGUACAUCAACGACAUGAAGAGGAAGCAGGAGCACGCCGUGAGGCUGCAGGAGAUCGAGUCCCUGCUGGUGAACUGGACCGGCCCGAACCUCAGCGGGUUCGGAGAACUGGUCCUGGAGGGUUCCUUCAAGGUCCAGAGGGUGAAGAAGGAGCGGGCCUUCUUCCUGUUUGACAAGAUGCUGCUGAUCACCAAGAAGCGUCUGGAGCAGUUCGUCUACAGCACGCACAUCUUUUGCUGUCAUCUGAUGCUUGUGGAGGUUCUGAAGGACUCGCUAUGCUUCAAGGUGUCGGACCGGACCAUCCCCAAACAGCAGCACGUGGUGCAGGCCAAGAACCAGGAGGAGAAGCGGCUGUGGGUCCACUACCUCAAGAGGCUGAUCGUGGAGAACCACCCGGCGUCCCUCCCUCAGAAGGCGAGGCAGGUCCUGGGAGACAGCUGCUGUCAGACGCCUCAGUUCAAUCAGGAGAACCUGAAGAACUCGCUGACAUCGCCGAGACUGGACGACUUCCACGGCUACCACAGGGGGCGCCGUCAGUCAGAACCUCAGGAGCUGCUGCUCUACACACCAGAGAAGUCCAGGAAGAGUCUGCCGCUGCUGCUGGAGGGAAACCUGCCGUGCAGACGAACACGGAGGCAGUCAGCUCCUGCUAAAGACAUCGAGGCGGCGUUCCAGUCCAACGCUUUGACGCAGGCCGGCAGCGAGGGCGAGCUGCACCACACCGACGGUCUGGGCUCUGCAGGAAGCAGCAGCACGCUGGCGUCCUCCGUGAUUGAGGUGGAGCCCGAAAAGGAGGAACAGGGACAGCUGCUCGGCGGCCAGCAGGGGGAGGAGAAGGACGAUGAGGAGGAGUUCCGCCCCCUCAGUCCUCCGCCCACUCUGUCCAUCACGGAGGAGAUCCUGGAGUUCAUCAACCAGAGCCGAGCCAGGGAGGGCCUGGACGCCAUCCCCUGCAGCUCAGCGAAGCCAGAGGAGGCGGAGCCACAGUCGGAUCAGACCAACUUCACCUGUCCGCUGCCGCCUGUUGCCUUCUGCCCGGAACCAGGACUCGAUCCGUUGCAGCAGCAGAUGGAGACGGAAAACCGACCCACGGGAGACGAGACAGACGCUGGAGAAGUCCAAGAAAAUUCCGAUUUAUCCGCUCAGGAAACAAGCAGGCCGACAGAAGGAGAGGAGGGAAGUGACUCACCCACAACGGCAAAUCUUCAUCCUCUCAUUGACACAAAAACUCAGACGAGUGUUUCAGAUGAAGGGAAUGUCGACGCCUCCACCCCCCAGAGUCAAGAGCUCCUGCAGCCCCCCAUGGAGACAGGACUCCCACCUCAAAGAGGCUCCAAGAAGGACAAGAGGAUCAUUGAGAAGAUCAGGAAUUACUACGAGGCUGCUGCCGAGGCAGACGAGGAGGACGAGGAAGAAGAAGAGGAGGUGAAAGAAGGAGUCGGCAGGAGGAGAAACAGUUUCUCCCAAAUCCCGUCUGGCUUGGUGAAGGAGUCCGUGUCCCGCUUUACCACGGCUGGACAGCAGGGGGAGCCGGAGAGCAGAGCGCCCAAGCUCCCACCGCACGCGGAGAGUAACGAAGAGGUGGAAAAACCAGACGUCUCUGAGGAUCCACCAGAACCGGAGGUCUGUGAUGAAACUCGAGGAGAGGAGAUCCAGUCCCAACCAGAUCAGAACCAGCCGACGAGAGAGGAGACAGAGAUUCAGGACCAAAGUGGGUUCGACAGAUGUACUGAGAAACGGGGCGAAGGGGAGAAAACCCUCCAGUCAGAGGAGGAGGAGAGUCCGAGUGUUCCUGAGCAGAACCAGGACCAAGGACAGAACCAUCUUGAUCAUGAGUCCAGUCAAGCAGAACCGAACCAAAACCAGACUGAACCUUCUCUUAUGGCGUCAUGUCAAAACAACGACCUGAAAGCCCAGUCUGCAAGAACCAGAACCAGAGAGCAGGCUGGUACCAGUGACAGCCGAGAGGCUCCGUCCAGCCGGGUGAAAGUGGGCCGGUGGUCCCGCCAUUCCCGGAUCGUCACGGCAAACAGAGCCUUGUUUGAAGGCAUGGCGUCAGACGUGGCUGGAAUCGGGCUGUUCGAGGUCAACCCGGUGGCAGACCCGGUCCUUAUCGAGAACUCUGAGCGGAUCUUGAACAAGGUCCAUACUCUGGCCCGGAUGUACAGUGCCAAAGCCAGCACCAUGAAGGUGCCGCUGCAUCAGAAACGGGCCAGCACGGCGCAACACCAGUCCUGGGGCUCAGCAAGGCUGUCGGGACCGCCUCUCCAGGACCAAAGCAAAAGACAGACACAAACCGUGCCUUUGGGCACGGACCGGUCCAACUCAACACAUGGAAUUUGUACUGUCUCUGAAAGCAAAGUAGAUCAUGAGGAGAUCUCACCAAAGCCAACAGAUCAAAGUGGGACCGACACUCAGGACCAAACCCAACCAGUGGUCCAGCAGAACCCAGAAGUUCAUCAGCAGAAGAUGGAACCAGCAUGGAGCCAGACAGACGCCCUCCAGCCUCCACCUGUCACCCUCCCAACACCCACCUCUCCCCGUCGGACAAACGGCGUUCGCCUCUGCAGACCCAGGAGGUUCCUCUGUCCCGGGACCAAAGAUCCAGACUGUGGACUGAGCUGCAGUCCAGCUGAAGACAGCCAGACUUCCACCGUGACCAGAGAACCCUCAUCUCCUCCAAUGAGCCACCGGUCACUCACUUCUACACAGGCUGAAUCCACAAGUCAGUCCAGAGAUCCACCUGGAGAUCAGGGAUCCACUUCCUCUACCAGAACUUCUCCUGUGAGACCGGAUCUCAGAAGCCCAGAGGUCAGAGAUUCUUCUGCAGCUGCAGCUCAGAAAGACGAAGGGUUGGAGAACGAUGAAGGACUGUCGGUUGAUCCAAUCAAACAGAACUUGACUUCUGAAAACAUCUCGACCCAACAAGCAAACUCAAGCUCAUCUGCUGGCAGCACGCCACAUCCCCCUACGAAGGACGGGGACAGUGAGAACUUAAAGGUGGAUUUAGCAGCCGUCCAAUGGGUCCAAAAGGUACCAGAUGACACCGAACACAGCGCUGAAGAAGGUCCUUCAGGAGGUCCAGAGAUGGUGACGUCUGCUCAGAAUCUACAGCCACCAUACGCUCAGCUGAGACCGGCUGGAGCAAACGGCCAAUCGGAAAGCCAGGAAGGAGACAAAGUUCAUCCGUCUCCCCUGAGUCCACCUUCACCUGUGACCUCUGACCCCUCACAGCCACACUGUCUUCAAGAGACCGUCCAGGAUCCUGAUGAGGCACCGAGUCCAUGGACCGUCGCUCCGACGUCAGAGUCCAUCCAGCCCCGCCCCCCGGCUGUGGACUGCCUCCCAACGUUCACCAGCCAGAGGCCGACCGACCUGCCAGCCACUCUGAGCCGACGGGCCUCAUCCGACCGCUGGAACGCCGCCGCCGUCUGUGACCACAGAACAAUCUCCGCCAGGACUCCUCCUACUGCCGCCUUCUGUUCCCAAACGUGUCCAGGAGGUGCUGCAUCUCCGAACCCUUCGGCUUUCAAGUCCUCCUCUCCUCUGAAAGCUCCUCCCUGCUCCUCUCUCCGAUCCCCUCCUCCUUCCUACUCCUCCGGACGGUCUUCCUCGUCCGGCGCCUUACCGUCUCCCACGCCGUCCUCCCCCGUCUCCGCCUUCACCCGGUCGUUAGCUGCCUCCUGCAUCAGUCAGUCCAUCAGCCAGAGCAUGGCAAAGUCCGGCUCCUCUCAGCAGGAAGCCCCGCCCAUCACUCCAAGCCCCUCCUCCACCCCUCUCCUGCGCCUCCGGUCCCCGUCCCCCAACCUCCCUGCCUCCCAGCGAGGAACCGGCACCCCCGGGUUCACCCCGUUAGAGGAAAUGCAGCAUCAUUCAUCAGGCUCCGCCCCUUCCCCCACCCUGGCGUCCCACCAGCGUCUCUGCAGCUCCUCCCCUCGCCCCUCCUUCCUCCACUCCCGGCCCACUUCCUCAAACAACAACAACAACAACAACAUGGUUGGAUUCUACUCCCCGAAGGCGUCCCUUUCCAAUGGCGCGUUGGGCGCCGCUGCCCCCCCCUCGCCGUCCUUCAACCGCGUGGCUCGACCGUUUUCUGCGUCGGAGCCGAGCUCCCGGGUUCAGUCUCCGUCGCCUUCGCCUUGUCCUGUUUCGUUCCGCCGCCUCUGCUCGCCGCCCCCUCAGCACGAUUUCUCCUCCCCACUGUCAAACAAGCCCCCCCACCCCCGCGGCGCCAGAGGUUUGGGUCCAGGUUCCCAUCAUCCUUCAGGUCUGACUUUGGAGCUGUUUGGGACCGGCUCCUCCUCAGCAACCUCAGCUCUGGGGAGUCCCCGGAUUCUCUCCCCCCCUCCCAUUGGAGUUUCCGUUUGGACCAAUAACGUGGCGGCGCCAACGCCGAGGAAUCCCCGGAUCACCUCCCCCUCCUUCUCCUCAGACGGAUCUCCGUUCCCGCCGUUCGUCCAGAUGAGUUCCUCCCUUUCCGGGUCCUGUCCUCCUGCGGCGCCGCUCCUUUGCAGAUCCUUCUCCUCCACCCUCGCCGACAGACCCCCCUGUCCCUCCGGCGGGCCGGGGCGCUCGUGGGCGGACGGCGGCAGACGGUCCUACAGCGUUACCGGGAGCAGCAGGGCGUCCUUCGACCAGCAGGAGGCGCUGAGCCCGAUGAGCGAGUGGUCGUCCCGCAGCAGCUCCCCCUCUGGCCUUCAGUCGCCCAGCAGGUUCCCCCCCCAGAGGGGCGUCCACGGCGGCCAGCACUUCACCAGCGUCCCGUGGCCGGAUGUUCAGGAGCUUUACUGCAAAUACGUCGGGGCGGAGCGCCAGCAAAGCCCCGCCUCUCCAGCCCCGUCAGACAGCCAAUGGGGAGAGCCGGAGCUGGAGGAGGGAAGCUGUCGCAGUCAGCUGAUCUGCGCGUAUGUCGCCCGGCCCCCCCCGGAGCCUCAGGUCCACAUGACCCCCUGCAGUCCCGCCAGGGCGCCCCCCGUGACUCCUCCCUCUGCUGCCAAACAGAAGGCCAGCUACGCCACCACAGUCAACCUCCAGAUCGCCGGCAGUGGGCGGAUCACUUCCUACAGCUCCGCCCAGGUCAGCCUGACCCAGACCCUGCAGGGCGGGGCCGGUUCUGGAGGGCCGGCGCCGGGACAGUCCAGGAGGAGGGUCAGCAUCAACGGACUCCUGCCGGGGGCUCAGAGCUAGAACUGAACGGACCUCAAGUCCAGCACAUCCAGAGCUGAACAGCUGCUGGUUCCGAUCCAUGAAGGUUCUGGAGACGUUUGAAAUAGAAAACCCACAAGGGUUCUACUUUAUGUCCCUUUAAAUCCAUGCAGAUGUUGUAAAAACAGAAAACGAUGAAAAAAUGUGAUGUUUUUAGAAAAAUAUAAACAUCUGGAUGUGAUCGGAUCCAGUUCUGAAGACAGAACUCUGCAGAAAAGUUCUUCCUGGUCGACCCGCUGAAGGUCCAGGAAAGAACAGCUGUUUGUAUUUACGCUCCGUUAUUGAUGUUGGAAGUCAUGUGUCCAAACUGAGCUCUUUAAUAAUCCUCCUUUUAUUUUAUUGAUUAUUUAUGAAGUGAUUUUGUGGCACUUAGAGUCCGGUUGGUGUUUUUGCACAGCGUCCUGAUGCUCUGAAUGUGUUUAUGUGAAACAACGCGUCCGGAGAGUCCUCUCUCCAGACAAAGCUCACGCCGUUUCUCAUGUACGGAGAAAUCUUUUAAUGUUCUUCACAAACGCUUUCCUCUACAACAAAAAAAUGAUUUUCUUUUGUUCCCGGUGUGUCAAAGACAGAAGUUUCUGCAGGUGCUGGUACCAAACUCAGAGAACUCGAUGGAAGAAGAAACCUUGAUCAACUCCGUUAGCUCCAUAAAGAAAUAAAAAA